ACGCUGCACACAACCGCUCUUCCUUGAACCUUUUGACCCUCUUUUUUUUUUGUACACUCAUCGCGUCGCUUAGAUUGCUCAAGUGCAUCUUCUCCGCCUCUUCCACACCCCCCCCUCCUACCCUCCCUGCUUCACGCACUCUUCUAUCGACUUGUACGCCCUCCCUCCCUCACUCUGUGUACAGCCGCGCGUCUUCGCACAUACUGUUCCCUCCAGGCUUCCUUCUUAACCUCUACCCUCUUUCAUCAUGGCCGUCGUUCUCAGCGGUUCUAUGUCAGAGGUCCUGGGUCAGCGUAUCCAGCCAAAGUUAGUGGAGAUAGGAUGGAGCAUCAGCGGUGAAGAUAAUUCUCCGCUUAGCGAAUACAUCUGCCUGAUGAUACAGAAUGGCAAGAGUCGGGAACAGAUUGCAGAGGAGCUUUCGGGCGAUUUGCUCGGUUUGGCACCGGGAGAUUCAACAGCGUUGGAAUUUGCCAAUUGGCUGUUUGAGCAGGUCGAUAACCUGAAUGGGAAAGCGCAGGGAAAUGGAAGCCAGCAGGAAGCAACCGCCCAGGAACCGGCUACUUCCUCGGAAGAGCCUCAGGGCAUGGAUGGUGCUAUAGAUCAUGACAUGGGCGAGGUUGCAGAUGGAGAAUCUGGACAGAAUGGAGUGUAUGUGUACCCUGACUUUAAAUGACCAACAAACACCCUGGGGUCUUGCAGAUUAGUGUGUUUAACCUGUGCUAUGUACUAAUUCUAGUCCAUUUAGACCUACUGCGCCAAAGGCUAUGAGGCAUCCGCAGGGACGGCGAUUGUUCAAUCAGCUAACAAAAGCGAUGGACCGAACUACGCCUGUUGAUCCUUUACACCGUGUUAGGCCUCAGGCUGGUGGGAUAGAGAGACGUGAUCCACCCAAAGGCCCUUCAAGAGGUAUGAUGCGGGGAGGACAGAUGGGCCGUCAGAAUGGUCCUGGACGUAUGAAUGGGCGUAAUGGAAACGCCCCCCCGACCUCUGGCUUUACGGCCUUGACCCCUCAGCAGCAGAUGCAGUUUUACCAUCUGUAUCAGCAGCAAUCCCAGGCCAUGGCGCCAUUCAUGGGCGGUCCACCACCUCCUCAUAUGGGCCCUAUGGGCCAUCACCCCAACCAUCAUCACCAAAUGCCCAUGAAUGGGCCGAUGAACGGACAUAUGAACGGGCCUAUGAAUGCACCCGUGAAUGGGCCUAUGGGGAUGCCGCCGAUGAUGGGCCGGGGCCCGAUGAUGGAUAAUCCAUACGGAAACAACUUUUCGCAGCCGAGGCGUGUGGGCGGGUCGCUGUUUGAGCGUAUUCAAGCACCGCCGGACAAUAAAUUCAACCACGGUAGCAAAAACCAUCAUCACAAGGACAACAGUACCGGCGAAAUGGAUACCGGCGAGGACGCAAGUGCCUCGGGUGGCAGGGCACCAACGCCGGCUGCGGGAGAUGCACCGUCAUCCUCGUCUAUGGACCAGUCCCCGGACAAGCCACUAGACGAAGUCCCCUGCAAGUUCGCAGCCAAUUGCACCAAGCCAGAAUGCCCAUUCGCGCACCCGACUCCUGCAGCUAUUCCUGGCAAACCCGUCACAUACGUGCCUGGUGAAAAGUGUUCGUUUGGCGCCGGUUGCAGAAAUCGGAAAUGUACCGGUUCUCAUCCAUCACCCGCUGCUUCCGCUGUUGUCGCUAGGCCAACAAAGAUUGACGCGGAGUGCAAGUUCUAUCCAAACUGCACUAAUCCUACUUGUCCUUUCAAACAGUAUGUCUCCCCCCCAUCCGACCCAUACCCCUAUGUCCCUUGCAUGUGUGUGUUAUGCUAACGGUGUGCAAAGUCCCGACAUGCCUCUCUGCCGCAACGGCCCGAAAUGUACCCGCCCGGGCUGCCAUUUCACCCACACCGAGGUAAAAUGCAAAUUUAACCCAUGUCUGAAUCCUAACUGUGCGUAUAAGCACGAUGAGGGUCAGCAAAAGGGUGCAUUCGAUCAUAAAGUCUGGACUAAAGAUGGUAAACGGGAGCAUGUCAGCGAGAGGAAGUUUGUCAACGAUGAUAUGGAGGAGGAGUUGAUCAUCCCUGGUCAGGUGCCUGUUGGUGCAGAGAAUGUCGGGGACAUGGACACUGCACCUGUUGAGGACGUGGAGUAGUGGGGGUGGGGAAACAAGCUGCUGCUGCUGGUGGCGCGGGCCUGUGCAUGCUCUUGCCUACUUUAUAAUUGUGGUUUCCUCUGAAGCAGAGAGGCUGGUGAAAUGGUCGCAUGGAACGGUGCUUACAGUACGGCUAUGCAUGGACGGGGAAAACUAGAAUUAUAGCGGCGGACACCCUCUUUUUUCUUUUCAUCAUUAGAUAUUUGCUUUCUCCCUCCUUCACACUUCUUCCCCCCUUUCAUCCGUGGGCUAUCUAGUUAAUUUGUUCCACUUCCCCACCCCCUCUACUUUUCUUUUUCUUUUUCUCACCACUUUUCUCCUAUUACCUUAUCCGGAGUCGUUAAAAUUUGGGCAAAUCUGUUUUAUUUUUUGUUCUCACACUAGGGAUGGCGGUGUUGAAUUGUCGUUGUUUGCUUGUAUAUAGUUAUCCGUUUGACGUACGCGCGGUAUCCAUAUCUCGGGGAUUCACUGGUAUUCUUUUAUUGUGAUUUUGUUGGGCUAAUAUAAAUUGUGAGAUGAUCGUGAUGAUGAUGGGGUUGGGUUGGGCUGAGCUUUCUUGAGUGAGUGCAGGUGGGGCGGGCUUUAUACUGUGUAUUGUGGUGCGUGAUAGAGGAAGAGGUGGGUGGGUGCGGAGUUUUUGUGAUGCGACGUGAUAUGGAUGCGAUUGGUAAAGUGAAGCUGGUGCUUGGAGCUUUUAAUGUGUAAUUUAGUUUAUGUACUGUAGCACCGCACGUUUGCUAUGCGUAGUUGAAAGUGAAUAUGAUACCAGACAUUUUUGCUCUUUCCUGCAGCCUAUCCUAUCCAAACGACCAUUUGUGGUCUCUUGCUCUUUUUUUCCUUGUAUGAUAUGAUAACUAUGAUGCCACCGCGACCUCUAGCCCUACAUUAUCUAGUUCGUAGAGGCACAUGUUCUCUCCCUCUGCGACACCUCACUCAUUCUCGCUUACCUUCGACCUCAUCACCUUCAUGCUUAGGCUCACCACCACCUUCCUCCCUAACCUUGCACCUCUCCUCCCCCCUAAUCUCUAAACCCUCCUCGACACCCAAUCCCCAUUCCGCGCUUCUGGGCCCCAUCAAUCGCACCCACAACUUUCCCCAUAACCCCUCCAGAACCUGGUCCGCCUCGUUCGCCUUAGCAAUCCUAUUGGCGUAUAUCCUCCCCGCCCUUCCCGGUGGUCCGCUGCGAAAGUAACCUCAUUAGCGGAGGUACUCGGGAUGGCACGAUCUCGGUCUCGAUAAGCGGGAGGAUAUACUGUGGGGACGAACGAGCGCACAACCAGUACGGUACUCGAGCACUGGAGACCUUGCUUUCGCACUUGCGCUCAGACUCUGUGCCUGCAUGCUUGUUGGGAUUCGUGGAGUAACCAACUGUGCUUGCUCAGAGGUGGCAUGUCUCUGGUAGUAGUGGGACUGUGCUUGACCAGAGUGCCAGUUUACCGAGGGGAUUUUCCUGGGUUUGUUCGUGGGGGAUUCGUGUUUCGGGUGUUAUGCGGGGUCGGGGGUUUUUGCGGGAGGUUGUGCCAUUUGGGAGGAGGGUUUCCACUGAUUGUGCUGCUCGGGAAAGGUGUGGUAUUGUGGGAGUACUCGUGGUGACUUAAUAUAGUAUGAUACGAGCACAGUACGGCGCCAGGUCCUCCCUUAGGUCGCACUUGUAUUAUACUCGUAUCGUAGGUUGUUUUCCGACUGGUUGGGUCACGGAUGUGCUCGGCACACCAUGGUAAGCCGAUCGGACCAGUGUCAACGUUAUGAGAGUUACGAGUAAGUGAUUCGAGUGAGUUAUGUUUGGUAUUUUUUCUUGUUUCUUUUCUUUUUACAGGAGUUCUAGCCCUCGAGCCUCUACCUGUCGUGCGAUUUUUCGCGCUGGACAGGUUACCGGUAGCUUAGCCUAGCGUAGCCCUGGGAACGUGGUUGCGAACAAUUGGUCGAGUUCCGGGGUAAAUUAUUGGGCAGUUAUGAUACUCCCAAAGUUCGAAUCGGCAAUGAGUGGCUGUGAAGGGAUUAUGAGUUUAGCUUUUUUUUGCGAGAAAAAAAAACCCCGAUGACGGAGGGCGAGGAAAAAACUUGGUUUGAGAGGACGGGGGGCGGC